AUGAGAAAGAGAUUUCAUUUGAAUAAAUGGUACCAUUCAUUGUACUAUUGUCUCUUGCUGAUAAGUAAGAAAGAAAAUACUAUGUAAUAGUCUCUUGGUAUAAGGUGUCCUACUUAUCAAUAGUAAAUUGGAUCUUCUAUUGCAUAUUCACUUAUUAUUUGGGAUACAAAUGUAACAUAAACUCAUAAUUUUAAUAGUUUUUAGUGAGGAAAUACUAAAGUAGUUCAAAUUAGUAAUGAAAUGCCACCUUAUACUAUCAUUAACAAUUAGUGUAUAUUUUGUAAUAGGAUUGUUUCUUAGUUUAUUAAAUAGUGAUAUGCAAUUGGUAAUGAUAGAAAGGUUGAAUUUCAAUAGUGAAAUAUACAUAUUUGGAUACGAGAGUGUAUUUGCUUUAAUGUUAUGUUAAUUAUUACUUUAUUUGGCGUUGGUAGUAUUUUUAUUGUUAAUCUAUUGGAAUGCUCAGAUGCCAUAAUAUGAAUACGUAGAAUAGAAUGAGAAUUACACAUUCCAAUAGAGAAAGACUAGUUAUUUGAGAUAAUAGAGUAUAAUGGAUAAAAUAAUAAUGCUAAUAAUAGCUUAGUUGUGUUUGAAUGAUGGAUUGAUCACUUUGUUUUUAGUGCUUUGCAUGUUAGUGUGGUUGGCUAUCCAUUUUCAUAUUCUAAACAAAAGAAAUCAAUUUCGAUAUUGCUAAAUUGUAAUAAAGAGUAUCAUAGUGUGUUCAUUUGUGGCAUUGCUAUUGUUGAUUUUAUCAGGAUAAUAGAACUCAAGUUUCAGCACUUUGAAUGGAACUCUGAACAUUUAUCGAAUAUUCAAAUUAUUUGGCUUAGUGUUGAUGACUUCCAUAUUAAUAUUGAGUAUGAGAGCAUACCAUUAUUAGUUGAUAAUCGGAGAGGAGGAAGAGAUAGAAGAGCUAGAAAAGGAAAUCUAGAAAGAUAUGAGAUUGAAGAUAUCAUCAUUGGAGAUAUUCUUAGGAGAGAACUAUUUUGGGGUUAUUAUGAUUUUGAGUGUUUUCUGGAUAUCAAAACAAUUUAGUAUAUUGAGAGGAUUAGUCUAUUUAAUUCUAUUGGUUGGACAAUUAAAGAGGAAAAACUAUAAAGCCACAAGACGUUGGCAGUGUGCUAUUGCCAUAUUGUAUUUAGCAUUUGCUCAAUUUUUCUUAUUGAAAUUGUUUAAUGUCCCAUCAUUCAAAGUAAGUGUAUACUUCUAGUAUUUGGGAGUGUAUGAAUAACCUCAAUUCAAUCCAAAUGAAUUAUUUGCAAUUUGGAAUUACUUUUACAAUAGAUUUCACAUUAUUAUGAUUGAUUUAUUCUAUAUACUAAUUGUAAGUUGGCUAGUAUACUCACAAUAGACAAUUGAUGAUAGGAGACGUUAGAAGAAGAUUAAUGAUUUAGAUAGUAAAGAUCGUCCGAAUAGAGAAUAGAAACCAAGUUGUUGGAGUAACUUCAAAUCUAAUUUAUCGAGUUUCAUCUUUCAAGUUUAAAAGAGUUUCUUAAUUCAUUUUGAUGAGAUAGUCAUCAUAUAUUGUUUGAUUACUGCUCUUAGUCAUGCAGAUAUUUUUAGAGGAGUCUUUUUGAUAUUCUUUAUACUGUAUGCUUUUGCAUAACUAGAAAAAAGAAGGAAGUAUAUGAGAAAUCAUUUGAGCAUUGGAUAUAUAAUAUUGUUCAUAUUGUACUCUAUGCAAUUAAUGUUUUUGAGAUCAUUAACAACUCUCAACUUCAUAUUUAAAUUUGGUGGCUUGGAUGAAGUGACUUAAUAAUUUAAAUUCCCUUUCUAUUUUAUCUACAAAUACUAUGAUAUAAUUAUUGGAUGUGUCUUAUUAACAUUUUAAAUUUAGGUGAUCUAAAAAAGUGAUCACUAUUAAGAAUAUAAGAAGAAACUGAAUGAUUACAAUCUUGAUUAUUUAAGGUAAAUAUUGUAAUCUAAUGGAUUGAUAUUCUGUUAGAUCAUUGCUUUGAUUGUAGCCUUCAUUCCACCUGCUAAUUUACUGUCACUCAUAUUCAUCUUCUUUUUCUAACUGUUUCUCUAUUUGUAUUACAUACAUGGACAACUUAACAUCAUAAUGGACAGAUUAUAUCAAUAUUGGCCUCUCAUGAUCACUCUAACAUUGAUAAUUCUGAUUGUCAGAUACACAUACACAAUUAAAUUCUUUUACUAUUUUGUAGAAUUAUACUUCUAAUAACCCACUCUUUUAAGUGACUUUGGAUUGGAUCCAGAUUUUAACACUCUCAAAUUAGCAGGAACUGGUAUUGCAUUACUCGUUUUAUGUGCAUAUAAGAGAGCUUAUUUAGCUCCAUUAAUAGCAUAAUAGAAAUAAGAAAAGUAGAUUUACAAAAAAGACACUCUUACUUAUUACAUUUAUUGUAUCCAUAUCAAACUAUGUGUCUACAGUGUUUAUCACAUUCAAAAAGUAACAUUCAUGUUUUCAUUCUUCAUCUCUGUUUACUAAUAAAGUUACAUAGGUUUUCUAUUUGCCAUCAUGAUAUUUUUAAUAAUGCUUAAUGAGAUGAAAAACAAUUGGCAAAAUAUAUCCAUUCCUAUUUUGGUAAUCAUAUUCAUUUAGAUCCUCAUAUAAUAUAUAUUCUAAGCAGAACUACUCAGAACUGCUUAGGGUUAGGAAACGAUCUCCUGGAUUGGAAUUGAGAAUUAAUAUCAGAACAAAUACUGGUAUUUGCUUAUUAUGUUUCACUUAGCAGAAAUGCUUUAGGUUCUGAAUGUAAUGUUUAAAUAAUAAGUGAAUGAUUAUUUAUAAUUAUUCCUUAUAUAAACAGAUAGAGAAAUCAAUAACCUUAAUUUGCUAUAAGAGUUAUUACACUCAUUGUAAUAAAAUAUCGUCUAAGAGUAAAAUAGCAUUGAGUCAGAUGCCUCAUAAUAAUAACAAAUAGAAAUGUAAGCAAGAGAUGAAAAAUCACAAGAAUCUAUUUUUUAUGAUGAAUUGGACGAGUAAAAUGAAAGGUUUGCAAAGAUUUAAAGUUAUUACAUCCUUAAAUCAAGUAUGCAAUAGGAAUAGUUUUAUUAUAGAGUCUAUCCCUUUUAUAGAGCACUGAAAUUUCAUUAAUCAGUUGAUAAUCUCUUUACUUAGAUUGGAUUGGAAGUAUGUUUAUUCUUUAUUGUUAUUACUGCAUAUUAUCAAAGGAAUUUCUUUUCUGUUUUCUAUAUUGUAGUUGCAAGUGCAUUUGCCAAUAAAUCACAUUUAUUAGAUAGACAUUCUAAAUUAGGUAUUUUUGGAUAAGCAUGGGGAGCUUUGUGUAUAUUAUAAAUGUUGGAAGUUAUAAGAAAGUAUGCUACAUUGUAAUGGACUCCUCCAUCAUGGGAUGUCCGAAAACCAUGGUGGUAUUUUAGUUACUCUUGCGAUCCUAGAGGAAAGGAGUCUUUCAAUAAUGAUGAUCCUGAUGAUUCUACUAGUGAUUUCAUGAAAUGCCAAACCGAUUGGAAUUAUUGGUUAUCUUUACAAGGAUAUACUAAUUGGGAUUUGUGGAUCAAUUUCAUUGCCUUACUCAUCUCCUUAUGUUAUUAUCGACAUUUCAAGACUGUUUAAAGAAGACAAUAAGAAUAGGAGAUUCAAGAUCACUUACACCCUGAGAGAGAAUAGAUUCAAGCAAAUAUGAUAGAUAAAAAUGAUUUCACUUAUGAAGAAAACAGAACUAAAAUUAUGGAUUUCAUAAAGUUUUUCAUCUUUUGUUAUUUCUACAAAUUCGCUUUGAUUAUAUUUUUAUUGAUAGGAAUGUCAUCGGAUAUCCAAUCUUAUACAGAAGUGAUCUCUUGUAUCUAUUUCUUUUUGGCAAUCAACCUAUUGUAUAUGAGUGAGAAAUUAGAGAAGGACAGAAAUGUAAUUUGGAGUAAGUUAAUAUUAUUUAAUACAAUUGUGAUGAUAGCAAUGUCAUUAUAUUAAGCUCCAUUUGUCAAAUGUCCAAUCAUAUAUGAAAAUGAUAGGUAUUAUUAUGAUAAUUUGGAAUGUGUACAGAUUCAACUCAACAAUCAUUAUUACAAUAGUGAUUUCUUUAUCUUCUUAUAGGAUGAGUUUUAAUUGUUGGCAAAACAGACCAAUGAUGUAUUAAAGAAGUACGAAGGAGUAUCCACUUUAGAUGUGAUUUACAUGUUUUUAUCUCAUCUCUUGGGUUUGAAUAAAACAUUGGAGUAUUAAAUUUGUAGUUAACAUUAGUUUCCGAUUCGGUUUCUGUAAGGAGACUUUGAUGGCAUUCUUCUUUUUGCUUGGUCUACUACAAAGGAAUAUUUGGGCACAUCCUUAUAUGAAAUAAUAUGUAGAUCCAUAUUUGCAGAGACAAUAAUAAUAACAAAAGAUAAGUGCUAUCUAAUUAAUAGAAGGAAUACAUUUAAAACGAAUUUGGGAUUUCAAGUAUGUCUAAGCAUAAAAGUAAGUGCAUGAGAGUCUACAAUAGAGAGUGUAAAAUAGAGUUGAAAGAUGGGAUAAUUUCUUUUAGUUUGAUGAUAAUAACAGUUUGAAAAAGAAGAGUUUCUUUUAUUUGACUCCGAGAAGAGAAGAAUAAUUUUAGAUCAUUUAAUUUUCUGAAGAACGAUCAGAGGAUAAUCAAUAACAUACAAGUUUUGAUUCUGAGAAGUUUUAAGUGUUCAAAGGGGAACCUAAAAAAUUGAUGAAAGCUGAGAAGAUUACAUAAUAAAAUAAGGCACCAGUAAUACAUUUAUAUGAUGCUUGUUGCAUUGUUAAAUAUUCAAUCAAUGAAAAGGAUUUGAGAUUGAGAUUAAAGAAGUUAAUGUUAUUAGAAGAAAAACGAUAAUUGGAAAAAGUCUAUUUGAAUGAUAGAAUAGGAUUGACUAAUUAUCACAUUGGAGUAAUUGAUGAAAUUGAUAGAAAAAUCAUUCAAGCUGACAAUGAAAUAGCUUAAUUAUUUAAAGUACAACAAUUAAUAAAAUCUACAUCCAUGAGAGACAUCAAAAUGAUACCAUUUGAAGAAUUCCAAGAUGGACGCAAGUCUUUUGAAAUUCUUAGUGAGAGAGAUGAAAGACAAAAAUAAAUAUCUGAAGAAGAAAGUGCUAAGGAUUUUAAGAAGUCAGAAGAAGAUAAAUCAGAUGAUGAACCCUCAAUUGUCUAGCCGUAGAAAUCAUUCUCUGAAAAGUUCAAAGAUCUCAUCAUCUAUAUACUUACCCAUGAAACUUACAUCAGAGAAUAGGAGUAGUAACAAAAUGAAAUAGACAAAAAGAAAUUGUCAGUCCUAAUAUUUGUUUUUGUUGCACAUUACUUUUAAGUGGUUUGUGUAUUAUUGAUGGUAUUUAAUGCUUGUUUCAAUGCCAAUAUAAUAGCUUUGUUCUACCCAUUUUCAGCCUUCCUGUAUGGAUUAUUAGAGAAUCCAGUUCCAUCUAAACGAUACUGGAACUUCUUACUCAUCUACACCAUAAUAAUAAUUUCAUUGAAAUUCAUCUAUUAAAUGCCCAUCUUUUGUGAUUCACCUCCCUACACAUUUAUAGGAUUCUCUUAAGAAGAAGCAUGUGAACCUAGAGUAACAACUCAAUAAGAGAAAAUCACAAGGAUAGACUAUGUCAUUGGUAUUCGAAAAUAUUAAGGAGCAGAAACCUUCAUGAAUGCCAUUUGGAUUGAAUUACUAUUGUUUAUUGCUCUCUUAAUCCAGAGAUAUUUGUUGCAAUCUUAGGGAAUCUGGGAUUACAUGAAAUUGUCAUUAGAUCAAUACUUCAUACCUUAAUUCUAACAGCAGGUAGAUGACAAAUCAAGUGAACAUCAAUAGGAAUCUAGUUUGAAGGAAUCUGAACAAGAAAGCGAUGAUUUCUCAGAAAAUCAUCAGGUUUAGGAGUAAUAAAAAGAAUAAUAGACGAUAAUGAUAUCCAUUUAAGACACCUUUACAUCAAUGUGGAAGUAAAUAGUCAAAUACUAUUAUCGUUUAUUCCCUCAUGCUUUAUCUACCAUUUAUAUUUAAAGGAAGUAUGACCCUGCAACUUAACAGAUGAUAAUAAAAGAUGGAGUAGUACUUCCAGAAUAGAUUAAAGUGGGUAGAGAUUUCUAUGCCCCGGGAUUUAUUAUUUGUAUGAUCAUUUUAGUCUACUUCCUAUUAUUCUAUCCAAAUAUCAUAGCCAAACGUAGUUAUGCUCACAUCACCCAAGGAUAGAGUCAAAGAUUUUCAUCUGAAGUUAUAUUUGUACUGUUAGUUGUGAUUGCUAUCAUAAUUACUGAUAGAGCAUUAUUUAUCAUGAGGAAAGUGACUAAGGAUCCAAGAAAUGAUAAAUAGCAUUAGAGUGGAAAUGAUAUCCAGAAAUAUACUUUGAUGAUUAAAGUGGCCAUUCAUUUCAUUUUAAUCAUAGUUGUUCAUUAUUACUUCUUUUUUGUUAUACCCUAAAAAACUAAUAAAAGUAUUAUUAAUUUAAUUAUAUUUUAGGAUUCUAAGAGUCAUACUAUCUAAUAUUUGCAUAUAUUCUGGUUUGUAUAUAUUUUAUGAUUUCAUCUGUGUAAAUUAGAUAUGGAUAUCCUAUAUAGAAGUAUACUUAGAUAUUUACUAAUUCUCAUAAGCCAGCAAAUUCAAUGGCAUUUAAGAUUUAUAGAAUGAUUCCCUUUUUAUACGAAUUGAGAGUUAUUAUUGAUUGGACAUUUACUACUACGGCAUUGGAUCUAAUUUAAUGGUUUAGACUCGAAGAUAUCUUUGCUAAUCUAUACAUCUGUUAGGCAUAUCAGGAUUCUCGUAUUGAAAAUCAUAAAUUAGGAGAUCCAAGAUCAUCAUCUGACAAAUGUUUAAAUGGAUGUCUCUAUUCUAUGUUUAUUGUUUUUAUUAUCAUCUUGCCAAUUCUGAUUUUUAGUACAUUAAAUCCAGCUGUAGAAAUCAAUAAUAUCACAAAUGGCAAAUUUAGUAUUAAGGCUGCUUUCUUUGGUCAAGAUGAUAAGCUAUUCUUUACAUUAUUUUAAGUAAAUGAUUUAGAAUUAUUGGAUAUACCGAAUGAAUAAUUUAAGAAAAUCUAAAAAAUCUAUGGUGAAAUUGAAACAUCAUGGUAAGAAAGAAUGCAAAAAGUUAGAAUCAAGAGAUUCAGUGAUAUUGAAUGGAAUCUUCCUGAAAAUUAUAGAGAUUAAAUCAGAAAUAUGAUAAAGUCACAAGAGUAUUAAGUAGAAAUCCAAUGUGAAUGGGUAUUUUAGAAGAGUGAUAGCUAAGGUGGUGCAAAAUCAUUCACAGGUCAAUCUAUAGUGUAGGCACCUGAUACAUUUGUUAAUAAUUUUGGUAAGAUCCUUGCUCCGAGAGCACCAGAUGCAGUAUUUGACAUUAAGGUGUUAGUUCCAAAAUUCUUAUAUGUUGGGGAGUCUGCUGAGACUCAAGCAUUAAGAUUAGAGCCAGUUAAUAUAAGAGAAGAAAUCAGUUACUAUUAAGAUAUUCGUUUGAUACACAAAAAGACUAGUGAUUUUGUAUUCUUUGAGUUGGUACCCAAUGAUGAUUCAACUGAUUUGAAGUAGAUAGGAGGUAUAUUUCGAUUAAUAUAUAUUAUAGCAUCAUCACAAAACAGAGUGGAAUUCUUUGUAUUAAAUGAAUUAGCCUUUGGUAGUUUGAUUGGAGCAUUGUCUACAAAUAUGUCAAUAAUAAGUAUAUAUGCAACAUUUGUGUUGACAAUCGGUAGGUUUCUGAGAUUUGCAUAUGAUAAAAUAAGUACAAGAGUGAUGUUUGAGGAGAUGCCAGAAACAUAUGAAUUAUUUGAUUUGUGUUAAAGCAUUUACAUAGCAAGAGUGGAUGGAGAUUUCUUUAAUGAAGAAAUCUUUUAUGAAUUACUGAUCAGAAUAUAUAGAAGUCCAGAAAUACUAUUUAAGAUGACAGGUGCUUCAAUUUACGAUAGAUAAAAGAAAUGA